GUUCUUUACGCAGAGGACAAGGUUCCUCACACGGAGGACAAGGUUCUUCACGCUGUGGACAAGGUUCCUCACGCUGAGGACAAGCUUCUUCACGCCGAGGACAAGGUUCCUCACGCUGAGAACAAGGUUUUUCACGCUGAGAACAAGGUUCCUCACGCUGAGGGGAAGGUUCUUCUCGCUGAGGACAAGGUUCGUUACGCAGAGGACAAGGUUCCUCAAGCUGAGGAUAAGGUUCGUCACGCUGAGGACAAGGUUCUUCACGUUGGGGACAAGGUUCUUCACGCCGAGGACAAGGUUCCUCACGCUGAGGACAAGGUUCUUGACGCCGAGGACAAG